GCGCGCGGCAGAAUGAUCGCUAAGAUAUUAGUGUUGUGUUGCGCGUGCGCCGCAGUGUCGGCGGCGCCGGGCGUGCUGGACGGGCUGGGCUAUGGCGUCGCGGCCCCCAUCGCGCAUGCGUACGCCGCGCCCGCCAUCGCCGCCCCCAUUGCACACACUUAUGCCGCCCCUGCGUACGCCGCACCCGUCGUUAAAGCUGUCGCGGCUCCGAUCAUCCGCGCAGAGCCAGUAGACCCGAACCCAGCGUACAGCUUCUCGUACGGCGUGGCGGACCCGGCGACGGGAGACCAGAAGAACGCGGCAGAGACCCUGCAGAACGGCGUGGUGCACGGACAGUACAGCUUAGUGGAGCCCGACGGCCACGUCCGCAGGGUCACCUACACCGCCGACAAGGUCAACGGCUUCAACGCCGUCGUUGAAAGAACUGGCGGUGCUCAUGCGGUGGCGGCGGCUCCCGUAGCUGUGGCGGCGCCGAUAGCGAAGGUAGUGGCGCCCGCGCCGGUGGCUGUUGCUGCCCCUGUCGCCAGAUACACCCUGCCCGCCAUCGGACACCCCUGGGGUUAAACCAACAACCCAAUGACAAGUAAACCUGGAAUUUUACCACAUUUUUUUAAGUUUUAAUUCUCGCUUCUCAUUUCGCUGUUCUAUCCCUGAACAAUGAAUUGACUUGGACUACUUACUCGGUUGAAAACACGUUUCGAUAGAAAUUGUAAACCAGUGUAUAACUAAAAAUGUGGAUAAAUUCGGGUUUUCUUAAAGCUAACGCUGUUAUGACGAACGAGGUUUUAGAAUCGUUGGACAAGGAAUGAUAAAUGAAUGAUAUUUUAUAUUUUUCUAAUAUAUUGACUGGCUUUGGUAUAGAAAUGGGAUGAGAAAGGCCAAUAUUGUAAGUUAUUGAAACCCGACCAGUUUUGUGUUUUUUCUCGUUGUGAAAAUGUGGUCAGGGGAAAGAUUACAUUUGAAAAACCAUAACUUGUUAUUUUCAAUGUAUUUUCAUUGUAUUUUCAUGAUAGUUAAGAACACGGUUACGAAAAAGUGUGUGAUAAUUUUGUUGAACUAGUAUGUGUAAGGAAACGAAUCGAUCGAUCACUACAAAUGAAAUCUUUCUAUUCGCAAUGAAGUCAAUGUAAAGUAUUGCGAAAAACUUGAACAAAAGUUUGUCUUAAGCUUUUUUUAUGUAGAGAUCUUUAUGGCAAAGUAGGAAGGUUUGAAAUCCCUCGUUCAUCACGUCAGUGCGGCCGCCGACUCGGAUUCUCUAUAAGGAACGAUGCUCUGCCACUGUUUAUUUAUUUUACGCUUUGACUGUUGCCCACGGACAUGAUCUAGACGCGUUGUAUUAUGUAAAUAUUACG